UCCGAGCAAGUUCAGACCAGAGGGAGAAUUUCGCUUCUCUUUACGGCUGUUGUUUCGUUGCUCUGUGGUUUUGUUUUGGAUUCUUUGUAUCUCUGCAUUAAUCUCUUCGUUACACACGCUCUUUACUUGUUACAUGUUGCAAUGUUUUGACGUGCAUUGCGGAUUGUUAUAAACUUAGAGAUGAGUGAAACAGAAGACAAUGAUAUUCUUGAGCUGGACUCAGAGACAGAGAAAGAGGAGGAAGAAAAUGAGAUUAUGCUGAAAGAAAUGGUUUAUGCGGAGGAGUUGCCAACAUACAAAUCUAUUCCUAAAGGUCAAACUGUGCCAAAAGUGGAACGGGCUGAUUUCAAUGGUAACCCCGACUCGCUGUUUUUCAAUGAUGGAAGGAGGCGGAUUGAUUUUGUUUUGGUCUAUGAGGACGAGUCCAAAAAUAUAUCGGAGAAAAAAACUUCUAUCCUCAGGAGAAAACUGAGGCGAAGAGAGUAUUUUGAAGCAAGCCUGAUGAGUAUGGGUUUGGAAUUGGAAGCAACACAAUCUGUGGUGGAUGAGAAGAUGUCCUAUGUGAAAGUGCACAUGCCCUUUGACGUUCUGUGUACGUACGCUGAGGUUCUGCACAUCAAACUGCCCAUUCAGCCCAAUGAUCUGGCCCCUCGGUCAGCAGCGUACAACUGCUUCACGCAGUACUUCUACCCCAGUUCGGAGGUCAUCGCCAAGGAGACGGAGUUCUUCACGGCCCCGUUCAAGAAGAAUCAGUUGGAGCAUUUUUACGUGAAGGACAGAGAGCAGUUCUUCACACCGGCCAUGAGGAGUAGGAUGGCAUACUACAUCCUCUGCCGAGCUCCGUAUGAUGUCAAAGGAAACGUUAAGAAGUUUGGGAUCUCUAAGCUGCUGGAUGGAGGCGUGUAUAAGGCUGCGUAUCCUUUACAUGAUUGCAGGUUUAAUGUGAAAUCUAAAGAGUCGUGUUGCCCCAAUGAACGAUAUCUGCUGUACAAUGAGUGGGCACAUCCCAAGAGCUUCUACAAGAUGCAACCACUCAACUUGAUAAGGAAGUAUUAUGGGGAGAAGAUAGGGAUUUAUUUUGCCUGGUUGGGUUUCUACACGGUUAUGCUGACGCUCGCCGCUAUGGUUGGUCUCGGCUGUUUCAUAUACGGAUACAUAACCAGAGAGAGCAGCACGUGGAGCAAAGAGGUGUGUGACCCUCUGAUUGGUGGGAAUAUUACCAUGUGUCCACAGUGUGAUAAGGACUGUCCAUAUUGGAAACUGAACACCACGUGUGAGUCUUCUAAAAAACUGUGUGUGUUUGAUAACUUUGGGACAUUAGUGUUUGCCGUUUUCAUGUCUGUUUGGGUGACAUUGUUUCUGGAGUUUUGGAAACGUUACCAGGCAGAACUGGAGCACGAGUGGGACAUGGUGGAGUUCUUUCAACAAGAGGAACAGCCGCGACCCGAGUACGAGGCCAAAUGUGUCUAUGAAAAAUUUAACCCUGUUACACAGACCAAUGAGAAGGUGCCCUUUACAGCCUGUGGGAAAUGCAUGAGAGUAUCGUGUGGAAUUGGCACCGUGUUAUUUUGGGUUAUGCUGAUUAUUGCCUCAGUGGUCGGGGUGAUCGUGUAUCGGUUGGCGAUGUUUAUCACAUUCUCUGCAACGCUGCGUGCUGAUCUGAGGGAUCAUAAAGAGCUGGAGCCAUUUAAAGAGUACGUCACCCCUCAGAUGGCCACGUCCAUCACCGCCUCCAUUAUCAGCUUCAUCCUUAUUAUGAUUCUGAACAACGUCUAUGAAAAAGUGGCCAUCUGGAUCACAGACUUUGAGCUGCCACGGACUAAAACGGAAUACGAAAACAGCCUGACGCUGAAGAUGUUCCUCUUUCAGUUUGUGAACUAUUACUCGUCCUGUUUCUACAUCGCGUUCUUCAAAGGGAAGCUGGUGGGCUAUCCGGGACAACCCGUCUACUGGCUGGGAGCGUACCGCAAUGAGGAGUGUGAUCCUGGGGGCUGCCUGACUGAGCUGACGACACAGCUGUCAAUCAUCAUGACAGGGAAGGCCGUCUGGAACAACAUACAGGAAGUCCUAAUGCCGUGGGUGAAGAAUCUGAUAUUCCGUCAUUGCACUCAAGUGGGUUGCGAGAAAGUAAUUCCACGCUGGGAACAAGACUAUCAGCUCCAGCCAAUGGGGAACCUCGGCCUGUUUUAUGAAUACCUGGAGAUGGUGAUCCAGUUUGGCUUUGUGACUCUGUUCGUGGCCUCAUUCCCGUUGGCUCCUCUCCUGGCACUUAUCAAUAAUCUGUGUGAGAUCCGUGUGGACGCCUGGAAGAUCACCACCCAGUUCCGGCGAAUAGUUCCAGAAAAGGCUCAGGACAUUGGAGCCUGGCAGCCGAUCCUUCAGGGAAUCGCUAUCCUAGCAGUGGCCACAAAUGCUGCUAUCAUUGCCUUCACGUCUGAUAUGAUUCCUCGUCUGGUUUAUUACUGGGCUUUUUCUGUAAGCCCAUAUUCAAACGGCUCAAAUCACACCAUGCAGGGCUUCAUUAACAGCUCGCUGUCUGUCUUCAACAUCAACGACUUCUCCAAUAAGAGUAAACCUAAUGAUGACAUCGUUCCAUACUGGUUUAAUGGCACCACAUGCCGGUAUCGAGAUUUUAGGAAUCCUCCUGGUCAUCAAAAUGAAUAUGAGUUCAGCGUAUAUUAUUGGCACGUCAUUGGUGCCAAACUAGCUUUUAUGAUUGUGGUAGAGCACAUUGUUUACUUAACCAAGUUCAUACUGUCCUACAUGAUACCGGAUGUUCCACAAGCUCUGACAGAACAGAUCAAACGUGAGCGUUACCUGACGCAGGUGAUCCUGCAUGAAACCAACAUCAAACACUUCACUGACCUCUUGAAGCCUGUUGCUGAUGGACUUAAGGACCAAAUUGAUGAUCCAGAAUUGGACUUGGACCUGCGACUGUGAGACCAUCUAACGAUCGAAUGAAAACCUAAUACCUGAAGCUCUAUCACUUAAAGUCAUUGUGUUCGCUACCCAAUUUACUUCCAUAAUGUGUCAUAUUCCCAAGUAGGAAAUAAAAGUUUAGGGGCGGGACUUUAUCCAUGGGAAUUGAUUUGAUCAUUAAAAGUGGAUGUUGCAUACCAGAAUUGAUCCGUGUGAUUUAAGGGGAGCGGCUUAAAAAUAAGUGGACCUGGUGAUGUCAGCCAGAACGAACAGUCGUUUUAGAGGCGGAGCAAGUUGUUACAUUUUGAUGAAAGAUUACAAAGACAAACAUUGCUGUUUUUGGAAUAACAUGUUCGCCGAGUGCACAAUAACACCAGGAAUGUGCUUUUUACAAAGUAAGUCAGGUUUGAUUUUAUGUUGACUUUAACUGCACCCCUCCCCUAGUCUAAACUCAACUUUUAUCCCUAUUCCACCUAUUGUCUGAGUCCUAUUCAAUGAAUGUGCCUUUGUGAUGAAUGUGAAAACCUCAAACAAACAGAGCUAAAGUUUGUAUAGUGCUUUUCAUUCAAAACCUUUAUUGAUCUGGUACCUGGUAAGUGCCUUACAUUUAUACAGAUGUUACAGCACCCCAGAUGUUUAUUAAGCGUAAUAAGUUAAGAAAUUGUACUUUGUUACAUUGCAGUGAACAUAUAAAAUGUUAAAAACCCAGAUAUGUAAAAGAAAUGUGAUCUUAGGGAUAAAACAUGCUUUUUUGAAAGGGUUCAAGUGACUGUCAAGUGUUUAAGUAUUAUGCUUGUAAGAUUCGUUUUAUUCAGGUUCAGCCAGUUUUUACAAAUUUUAACCACUGAACACACCAAUGGUAUUCCACUAAUGUUGAACAUGUACCAUGGUAGUAUCAUGGUAUUCUUUUAAUUACCUUUGGGCACAAUGUAAUUGCCAUGGUAUGUGAAUAUAAUUCAGCAGCAUGAUAUAUCAGAUUUAUAUGGUAUUAACAUCUGAUUCUUGGUGCUGCAACAGUACUUUUUGGAAACUCUUUUUGAAAGGGUGUAUUUAUCAGUAAGUUAAGAUUAAUAUAAAGUUAAAAUUAACAUUUUCCAGCUAUUACAAUAAUGCUCUGUAUUUCUGAGUAUUACUUUUUUAUAUGUGCUACCUGUUUUUAAAAUAUGUUUACAUUUAUACAUGUAUUUGUACAUCAUAAGUAUCGACCACAUUUUUAUAUCAUCAGAAAUAAAUGGA